AUGGCAGCGGCUGCGGCUACGGCUGCGGCUAGUUCUUCCUUCACUGCUGCUGCUCGCUCCAGCCCAACCUCAAAGUCCCAGAAACCACCACCAAAAUUGUCAUGCAACACCAGCUUGGGCUUUCUUUCUUCUUCAAUCUGCGAUACCUUUAUCAAACCACUUAGAGCUAGCACCAGCAAUAACAGUAAUGUUUCUGCUAGUGGUGGCUCAGCUCUUGGUGCUAAAAUGGUGUCUUCUUCAGUGCCAAGUGUGAAGCCAUUGAUUUCUCUUGAUUUUGAGACUUCUGUGUUUAAUAAAGAGAAGAUCUCUCUUGCUGGUCAUGAUGAGCUAUUGGAUUCUCAUUUCUUCUGGUACAUUGUGAGAGGAGGAAGGGAUUUGUUUCACUUGUUGCCAGAUGCAUUCAAGGGGAUUAAGCAGAUCGGUGUCAUUGGUUGGGGUUCCCAGGGCCCUGCUCAAGCUCAGAAUCUAAGGGAUUCUCUUGCUGAAGCCAAGUCUGAUAUAAAAGUGAAGAUUGGACUCAGGAAGGGUUCUCGUUCUUUUGCUGAAGCUCAUGCUGCUGGUUUUACUGAAGAGAAUGGGACUUUAGGUGAUAUAUGGGAAACUAUUUCAGGUAGUGAUCUAGUGUUGCUGCUGAUUUCUGAUGCUGCACAGGCAGACAACUAUCAAAAAGUUUUCUCUCACAUGAAGCCAAAUAGCAUCCUUGGGCUUUCCCAUGGAUUCCUUCUUGGGCAUUUGCAGUCAAUGGGACUUGAUUUCCCAAAGAAUAUCAGCGUGAUUGCUGUGUGCCCCAAGGGAAUGGGUCCAUCUGUAAGGAGACUCUAUGUUCAAGGCAAAGAGAUCAAUGGUGCUGGAAUUAAUUCCAGUUUUGGAGUCCACCAGGAUGUUGAUGGUAGAGCUACAGAUGUUGCUUUGGGAUGGUCAGUUGCACUUGGUUCGCCUUUCACUUUUGCCACUACGCUGGAGCAGGAAUACAAGAGUGACAUUUUUGGGGAGCGAGGCAUUUUACUUGGUGCUGUUCAUGGAAUUGUGGAGUCCUUGUUUAGACGGUACACUGAAAAUGAAAUGAGCGAAGAUGAGGCUUAUAAGAACACUGUUGAGUGCAUAACAGGAAUUAUAUCGAAGAUUAUAUCAACCAAGGGUAUGCUGGCUGUAUACAAUUCCUUAUCUGAAGAAGGCAAAAAGGAGUUUGAGAUUGCAUACAGUGCCUCAUAUUACCCUUGCAUGGAGAUCUUGUAUGAGUGCUAUGAGGAUGUAGCCACUGGAAGUGAGAUUCGCAGUGUUGUCUUGGCUGGGCGUCGUUUUUAUGAAAAAGAGGGUCUCCCAGCAUUUCCAAUGGGUAAAAUCGAUCAGACGUGCAUGUGGAAGGUUGGUGAGCGAGUCCGGUCUGCCCGACCAGCAGGGGACUUGGGUCCAUUGUAUCCAUUUACUGCUGGUGUCUAUGUGGCAUUAAUGAUGGCCCAGAUUGAAAUAUUGAGGAAGAAAGGGCACUCAUACUCUGAGAUCAUUAAUGAAAGUCUGAUCGAGUCUGUGGAUUCCUUGAAUCCAUUUAUGCAUGCCCGUGGGGUUUCUUUCAUGGUUGAUAACUGCUCAACCACAGCAAGAUUGGGAUCAAGGAAAUGGGCUCCUCGUUUUGACUAUAUCCUCACCCAGCAAGCAUUGGUAGCAGUGGACAAUGGCACUCCUAUCAACCAUGAUCUCAUAAGUAACUUCCUAUCGGAUCCAGUGCAUGGAGCUGUUGAAGUCUGUGCCCAAUUGAGACCUACCGUCGACAUUUCAGUGCCACCGGAUGCUGACUUUUGUUAUGAUGUCUGUCUUGUUGAAGGAAUAAGACAUCACUGCAAUAUGGCUGUGGCUACAUCCUUCUCUGAUAUCCUCUCCAUUCCAGCACCAUCUAAAAUCACAAGAGCAGCAUUUGAAAUCCUGAGUACCACCAAGUUGGGGUUUCUUUCGUCUAUUUCUAAGGAUUUCAAGCCACUUAAAGCUAGGAAUAUUAGUGAUCCUGGUGAUGGCUGCUCAGCUCUAGGUGCUCAAAUGGUGUCAGUGCGUAGAGUCAAGCCUUUGAUUUCUCUUGAGUUUGACACGUCCAUCUUCAAAAAGGAGAAGAUCUCCCUUGCUGGCCAGGACGAGCACAUUGUGAGAGGAGGAAGGGAUUUGUUUCACUUGCUGCCAGAAGCAUUCAAGGGAAUUAAGCAAAUUGGUGUCAUUGGUUGGGGUUCCCAGGGUCCUGCUCAAGCUCAGAAUCUAAGGGAAUCUCUUGCUGAAGCAAAUUCUGAUAUCGUAGUCAAGAUUGGACUCAGGAAGGGCUCGCAAUCUCUUGGCGAAGCUCGUGCAGCUGGUUUUACUGAAGAGAAUGAGACUUUAGGCGAUAUGUGGGAAACUAUUUCAGGGAGUGAUCUGGUGUUGCUAUUGAUUUCUGAUGCUGCACAGGCAGACAAUUAUGAGAAAGUUUUUUCCCACAUGAAGCCGAACAGCAUCCUUGGACUUUCCCAUGGAUUUCUUCUUGGGCAUUUGCAGUCGAUUGGACUUGACUUCCCAAAGAACAUUAGUGUGAUUGCUGUUUGUCCCAAGGGAAUGGGUCCAUCUGUUAGAAGACUCUAUGUUCAAGGAAGAGAGAUCAAUGGUGCUGGAAUUAAUUCUGGUUUUGCCAUCCACCAGGAUAUUGAUGGCAGAGCCACAAAUGUUGCUUUGGGAUGGUCAGUUGCUCUUGGUUCCCCGUUCACGUUUGUUACUACACUGGAGCAGGAGUACAAGAGUGACAUAUUUGGCGAGCGGGGCAUUUUACUUGGUGCCGUACAUGGUAUUGUGGAGUCCUUAUUUAGAAGGUACACUCAAAAUGGAAUGAGUGAAGAUGAGGCUUACAAGAACACUGUUGAGUGCAUAACAGGAAUUGUAUCGAAAACCAUCUCAACUAAGGGCAUGCUGGCUAUAUAUAGUCCCUUGUCUGAAGAAUGCAAGUUGGAAUUUGAGAGUGCAUAUAGUGCUUCGUAUUAUCCGUGCAUGGAAAUCUUGUAUGAAUGCUAUGAAGAUGUAGCCUGUGGCAGUGAGAUUUCCAGUGUUGUCCAGGCUGGACGUCGCUUUUACGAAAAAGAUGGUCUACCAGCUUUUCCAAUGGGUGAAAUUGAUCAGACGCGGAUGUGGAAGGUUGGUGAGCGAGUUCGAUCUACCCGGCCGGCAGGGGAUUUGGGUCCAUUGUAUCCUUUCACUGCUGGGGUCUAUGUGGCAUUGAUGAUGGCCCAGAUAGAAAUCUUGAGGAACAAGGGGCACUCAUACUCUGAGAUCAUUAACGAAAGUGUGAUUGAGUCUGUGGACUCCUUGAAUCCAUUUAUGCAUGCUCGUGGAAUUUCCUUUAUGGUCGACAACAGCUCAACCACAGCAAGAUUGGGGUCACGGAAAUGGGCUCCUCGCUUUGACUAUAUCCUCACCCAGCAGGCAUUGGUAGCAGUAGAUAAUGGUUCGCCCAUCAGCCGUGACCUCAUCAGCAACUUUCUAUCCGAUCCUGUGCAUGGUGCUAUUCAAGUCUGUUCCCAAUUGAGACCAACAAUUGACAUUUCAGUGCCACCAGAUGCUGACUUUGUGCGACCUGAGUUACGAUAA